UUGAGACUCCUCCAUGGCUGCUGUGCUGACAUCCAUGAUGCGGGCUGUCAUCGCGCUGCUGAUCGCUCUCCUGUGCCUGGGCUCUGCUCAGGGUGGGAAGCUGUUAGUGAUCCCAACGGACGGCAGUCCCUGGAGAGGCAUGAAGCCCCUGGUGGAGGAACUGGGGAGGAGAGGUAACGAGGUGGUGGUCGUGAUCCCAGAGGUCAGUCUCAGCUUGGGCCCCUCUGAGCACACCACCACCCUGACCUUUCCCGUACCAUACACCCAGGAAAGCUUUGACGCAGGCUUAGACGAAGAUCUGCUCCAAUUAAUAAACACUGAUGUCUCCACUGCUGUGGCAAGGUUUAGGAAUUACUGGGACACCCUGCAAAUGCUGAGUAAUUACACCAUGAUGGCUUGUGAAAGCAUGCUGUACAACAAGGAGCUGAUCCAGACCUUACGGGACUAUGAGUUUGAUGCUCUCCUCAUUGACCCUUUUUGGCCUGUUGGAAUCAUCGUUGGGGCUUAUCUGGACAUUCCGUCUAUCUACAUGAGUGGUCCUUAUCCUUGUCCCCUUGACAUUAUUGCUACAAGAUGUCCUCACCCUGUUUCAUACCUGCCUCUACGCUACACACUCUACAGCAAUCGCAUGACCUUGUGGGAGAGGACCGUCAACCUGCUGAGGUCCUUACUGGAGCCUGCGGCCUGCAGUCGUCUCCACAUUCAUGCAAACAAGGUGGCCUCUGAUAUCCUGCAGAGGGACACGUCCAUUGUGGAGCUGGCGAGCAACGCAGCACUUUGGCUUGUUCGGUUUGACUUUACCUAUGAGUUCCCCAUGCCUCUGAUGCCCAACAUGAUCAUGAUUGGUGGGAUUAUGUCUACAAAGCCAAAACCGCUACCACAGGAGGUGGAGGAGUUUGUGAAUGGAUCUGGAGAGCACGGCUUUGUGAUCUUCACCCUGGGCUCAAUGGUGUCCCAGAUGCCAGAAGAGAAGGCCCGAGUGUUCUUCGAGGCAUUCCGGCGGAUUCCACAGAGGGUUUUGUGGAGGUACACUGGACCCGUGCCUGAGAAUGCCCCCAAGAAUGUCAAACUCAUGAAGUGGUUGCCUCAAAAUGACCUUUUAGGUCACCCGAAGGUGAAGGCUUUCAUCACACAUGGAGGGUCCCAUGGCAUCUACGAGGGUAUAUAUAGCGGUGUUCCCAUGGUGACGAUCCCACUGUUUGGGGACCAGGGUGACAACGCCCAGCGCAUGGUUGCGCGUGGUGUUGCGGAGUCUUUGACCAUUGCUGAUGUGACCACAGCCAAAGUGUUGGAAACACUCAACAAAGUCAUUGGUGACAAGAGUUACAAGGCAACUAUGAUGAAGCUGUCAGCUGUGCACAAGGACCGUCCGAUUGAACCUCUUGACCUGGCCGUCUUCUGGACCGAGUUUGUAAUGAGACACAAAGGAGCGGACCACUUGCGAUCCACUGCCCACGAGCUGAACUGGGUCCAGUACCACAGCCUUGAUGUGAUCGCGUUGCUUACAGCCGCCAUACUCACUGUUGUUCUUGUCACCAUUAAAUCUUGUAUGUUCUGCUUUAGGAAGUGCACAGGAAACGGGAAACAACACAAAAAUAAGAGAGCAUAGUUGAGAAGUAGUUUUGUUUGUUUGUUUGUUUUACUUGAAGGUGAAUAGUACAGUGGCGCAUUGCAUUCACAUCACACACACAAAAAAUCAGGCUCUCUCAUAAUUACGAGAUAACUAUCUGAUAUGAGAUAAGGAUAGGAUCAGUGCUGAGGAUCUAAACAGCCUUUCAAUAAAAACAAGCACAUAUUUCCUACUGAUUUCCUGCUUUGAAUGACUUUCGUACUUUGAGAGAUUAACAUGUCUUUAAGUGGCAUGAAAAAUAAGCCUGUCAAAUCGCCAACAACGGCCAAAGGCAAUACAAUGUGCACGUUGACAGGAGGUACUAGGCCUACUACGCAUAGGGCGUAUCCACUUUGUCACACGCACGCCUAUUGUUUAUUUUGUGCAGCUAGGCUACUUGUUCAAGUGGCAUUGAUGAGUUAAACAGUCACAUAUUUUCCUACACAUAUUAUAUUGAGAGAAAAUAGUCAGUUGUAAACAAAGAAUUCGUCUUAUGUUACCCUUUCGUAAAUGGACUGAAGUUGGCUCUAAAUAUUUACUUUUAUCGAUUAUGCUAACCGUUAGCAUGAUCUAUGGGAUUUCUCAUAUACAUUAGCCAUAAGCUAACACAUUAGUUUCUGUAACUUGAAAUUCUAGUCAACAUGAUUGCUCUUAAACAAAACAUCGAAGGAAUCAACUGAGAUAUACUCUGUUGGUCUGCUUAGUGAAUCCUAAGUAAAGGUUUGAAAGGAACUUCAGCUUCAGACUUUCUCUUGGGAAGCUGAUAGGUCUAUCAUCUCUAAUGUAGCUAGCUAGACCAUGUCAUUGCCACACACAAGUGGGGGCAGAAUUGGAAAUGUGUCAUCAUAAUUAUCUCGUAAUUACGUAAUUACGAGAUAAUUAUCUCGUUAUUAUGAGAUAAUUAUCUCGUAAUUAUGAGAUAAUAUGUCAUAAGAUUACCUGAUUUUUUUUUUUUGUGAUGUGAAUGCAAUGCGCCAACGUAGAAUAGCACUGGCAGAGGAAACAGACUUAUUUACAGGUUAACACCGCCUAUCGCCUUAUUGCAGCCUGAUGUAUUAUCAAAAAAAUAUAUUUGAAAGUGAAACUCUAUGGGAAAGUCCAACUAUACUUUAGUAGUUGUGGAACUUGGCAACUAUUUCAACUUAACAAAGCCGUUUAGAAAUCAUUUGGAUGGUUAAAUGACCUGUUCUGGUAAAAAAAUGGUGACUUUCCCCGCUUCCCCUAGCGUCCCAGGCGGAAAACCAGAAUUGCAACAUUGGGACAUCUGACUACCGUCCCGUUAAGAGAAGUGAGAAAUAAGAAACUUGUUUUAAAUCGUGUUUCUUACCUUGUAACAUCCACAUUGUUCUGCCGAACUUAUGCUAUCAGUUUCGCUAGCUUGUAAACAAAUCCUUGUGCUUUAUUGUUACUUUUUUUCCACAGUUUGAAAAAGCAUAAUGCACAACUUCUCCAGCAGAGGGGGGAAAUCAUCCUACUAAGGGGGGCUUUAAUCAGAGUUGCCAAUGGGUAAAGACUAAUAUAUGUGAGCUGUCUGGUAAAGUACAACAUCAGAACACUUCAUAGUGUGAUUGUGCUUUAAAUGAAGAAAACGUCCACAAGAUAUGACAUUGAAACUGACUAUGUUACCCAUGAGCCAGUGGUUACUUGGCUGCGCGGACGUCUGAAUCUUAGCCACUGUAACUGGGACAACAGCCUAUUCUACCUCUUGUGUAAAUCUUGAUAUUAAAUUGGUUUUGUCAUCA